CGGAAGUCCGCCUCCCAGGGCCCACCGUUGGUCCCAGGACAAGGGCCGGACUCUCUUUCCCAUGAGCCUACCAGCGCCCCCCAAGUUUACCGGCCGUUUCAAAUGUCUCUACCCCGCCUAAAGGUUAAGAAGCUCCGGGCUAUAUGAGCUUUAGCAGCCCUGAUCCCCGGACUGAACUUCGCAUUUGUCUUUACUCCCUUUUAGGGUCAAGUCCAGGGCUGCGGGAUUGGGUCCUGGAGCCCAAGGCCUCUGGGUUAGAACCGAGUUUCCCACAAUGAGAAGGAAAGGAAAGAGUGUAUCAUGGUCACUGUGCUGAAAUGACUGGACUCUGAAAUGGGCAUGUACAGAGAAGAGGAGACCCCACCAUGCUUCAGGCUUUGAGUGGAGAGGAGACAGCCUCUGCUGGGACAGGGAACAGAGGGAUGCAGAGACCCUGAAGAUGCUUUUGGACAGUGGUCUGAGGUUGGGACAGUGGCAGGAGAUACCAUUAACUCAGGAUCUCCAGGACAAGAGAUCAGCCUGGCAGUUACAUGUGUUUUUCUUCAAACUGGUUGCCAGGUUGGAAUGACCAAUGACAUCAGAGAUUCCAACCUUCCUGAUUGGAAGGACCGGACUCCAUGGGCUCCUGGGAGCUCAGGUGGACAACAGCAUCUUCUCAGAGCUGUUCUCCACUCCUGACUUCUCCCAGCCUCGAGAAUUGACAACACACUCUUCUAGGUCCUAACAGAGUCCAGAAGGCAGCCUUGGACAGAACAGAGACUAGGUUCUGUGGGACGGGACAGAUUUUGGGAAAGAUCAUGACCAGCCAUCAACCGCACCCCCAGGAUGAGGAGCAGAGCCCCCAGCCGAGCACCUCGGGGUACCCCCUCCAGGAGGUGGUGGAUGAUGAAGUGUCGGGACCAUCAACCCCUGGGGUAGAUUGCAGCCCCCCAUGUAGGUCCUUUUGCUGGAAAAGGAAGAGGGAGUGGUUGGACAAAUGUGAGGAGGAGCCAGAGAAGGAGCUCACCCCCGAGCCUGAGGAGACCUGGGUCGUGGAGAUGCUGUGUGGGCUCAAGAUGAAGCUGAAGCAACAGCGAGUGUCACCCGUGCUCCCUGAGCACCACGAGGCCUUCAAUAGUCAGAUUGAGGAUCCUGUGAUUAAAAGAUUCCUGGCCUGGGACAAAGAUCUGAGGGUGUCAGACAAGUAUCUCCUGGCUAUGGUCAUAGCGUAUUUCAGCUGGGCCAGCCUCUUAUCCUGGCAAUACCAAUGCAUCCAUUUCUUCCUGGCUGUCUACUUGGCCAAUGACAUGGAGGAGGACAGCGAGACCCCCAAACAAAAUAUCUUCUACUUCCUGUACGGGAAGAACUGCUCUCAAAUAGCCUUGUGCCAUAAGCUUCAGUUCCAGUUCUUCCAUUCCGUGCGCUGCAGGGCUUGCGUUUCCCUGGAGGAGUUCGAGGAGAUCCAGGCUUAUGACCCAGGGCACUGGGUGUGGGCGUGAGAUCGCGCCCGCCUUUCCUAGAGCUCCAGGGACCGUGGAGGCCUGAGGUCAUCGGCCUGAGAGAAGAAUGCUGGGCCCAAGGGAGAUGCGGAUUUUCAGCAAGAACUUUAUUCCAAUGCUAAUGGCAGGCACCAGGAAGGAGGACAGGAGCCGUUUGUGCAGGUCAUCUAGAAGAACUUGGACUGUUCUAGACAGAGCUGAAUAGAGUGAUCACAUUGUCUUCCUAGGACCGGAGCGGGGGUACUUCUAGGAAUCCAUAGAGAACAGUGAGAAACCAGGGGUGUUUCCGGUUCCACCCCUUCCUGCAGCGCCACCUCCCUUUUUAUAUUGCUGAAUUCCAACCUCCCUGGGGCGGAACCUGGAGAUCCUGUUUCCUAUGGACUUGCUUACUGCAGUCCAGGAGCAUUUGAAGGCACAGAGCAGACCCUCAGAUUGGCACGGAAUUCUUUGUAAAAUAUGAGGGCCAUAGACUGUAACAGACAGCUUCAUGCACACUAUGCAUUUAUUGGUUUGUUUGGAAAAUGUUGGCCAUUGAAUUAUUAAUAGUUUUAUUUCAAAUAGUUUGGAAAUUGUUGUACUUUUGAAAACAUGCUGCUCCUGUAGAUUUUUUGAUGAGAGUUAUAGCUGUUAUAUAUACAUAAUGAUAAUUUUCUUUUCAUUUUAAGAGAAUCCUUUUUAUCCUAAAUCUUUUAUUAUCUUUAAAAUGUUUUCUGUAUUAUUAUAUGUGCCUCUGAAGCGAGUACACUUUUUAUCUAUGAUACUUACAUAAUAAUCUUUUCCCUUUAUAGCUAUUGGUAGUUCUACUAAGUUCUCGUCAUAGAAAUUUUUAUUUGCUGUUUAGAUUUGUGACUGAAUUGUGAGAAUUCAGUUGUGAUUUUUAACAUGUCUUAGAUAUAUACUAACAUGUCUAAUAUACACUAUAUAUUUUAUUGGUUUAUUUUGAAAAAGAUGGGCAUAGAAUCAUUACUAUAUUUAUUUAAAAUAUUUUGAAAAUACUGGUAUUUUUGAAUAGACACCAUUCCUAUAAAGUUGUGAGAUGGGUGUUAUAGCUGCUAUAUACACAUAAAUAUAAUUUUGUUUUCCUUUUUAAGAGAGGAUUUUUUUUAUCCUAAACCUUUUAUCUUUAAAUCUUUGUAUCUAUUAUUAUAUGUGCUGCUGAGGGGAACACUCUUUUUAUCUAUGAUACUUAAUAUAUGUAUUACACUUACAGCUACAUGAUAGUUCCCCUAAAUUCUUAUAAAAAUAAAUUUUUAUUUGAUGUUUACUGUAUGUUUUUGAAAUGUGAGAAUUCAGAUGUAAUUUUUUACCUUGUAUUGGCAUGUUUGUAUGUUACUUUAAAGAGGAUGUGUGUUCUAAGGGAGGACAUGAGCUAUGUGUUUUCAAGAGAACAAUGCAGUGCGUCUCUUGGGGAGACAUAAUAAAGAUGAAGUUUUCUCACCUUCACAGUGAGUG